CAUGGGUUUGGUUUCAGCAUUCUGAACGGGUGAAUCGUGAGCGCGUGUGUCUCCUGCAACACGCGCAACAUCGAGAAGGACUUUGUAGUGAGGUCCUUGUUAUUGCGUCCGUGUCAAUACGUCUCACGCAAGCGGUAUGGAUCGUUUCAUCACGUCAGUGGUGGGUCAGCUGAUGGAGGCUGUUGAAGUAGAAGGUUCUGGAUUUCCUUCUGAGGUGGACAGCAUCAGGUGUAUGUCUGUUCGGGGUUUCCAUUCCUCAUCCCCCCUGGUCUGACUCAGCCGUUCCUGUCACAGAGCCAGGCCCAAGACAGAGGCUCUAUAUGUGCAACACUGAGGGGAAAACUGGCCCUUCAAACUCUUGACUAAAAGCCCCUGACUGUUGCUGCCAUUGGAUCUGCAGUCUGGCAAAGCAUCUGGAAAAUUCCUCAGUGUUAUUCCACAGUCGAGGGGAGGGUGUUCGUAUCCUUCGAGGUUAAGUUUUUAUCAAGCGUAUUCCUCAAUGUGAUUUUGUUAAUGGCUCAUAUUUUCUAAAAUACUAAACAUUUCAACUGAGGACAGAUCCUGGGUUUUUUGCCCGGCAGCUAGCUCACUGAAUUCAUGGAGAUGGCAUACAGCAUAAAUAUCAUAUUCCCCCUUAUUUCACUCGUCUUAUGUUUUUAGCACGGUUCCAGACGCAACGUUAGAGCUACGGAUGCUUGACUGUCCAUAGCGCUGCUGAACCAAGUCCAAUGCUCUCCAGCUCAGACAAGGAAACGGUUAUUCUGACUCUGGGGCAAAAGAGUUCCUAAAUAUGCCGUUUAAUAUUCCGUGCAUUUUGAAAGUACACUUCAGCUGAAUGAUGUAUUUGUUUCUGGGUGCUUUGGCUUGUUUUGUCAGGAGGUCGAAACCUACUGUGUGGGCUACUGCUCUACUGUAUGUGUGAUGUGCCAGGUGUGUUGUGUGUUUGUGUUGUGUCUAUCUCUAGGUUGCAGGAAAGGAGUAUUCUCUGUGGGAUGACUUCCAGGUCCGGGGCAGAGGAGAUGCCCAGCAGGAAAUGACCUUGGGAGAACUGCUCCGCCACAUCAAGGAGCAGCACCACUUGGAGGUCAGCAGCCUGUUUUAUGGGAGUGCCGUGUUGUACGACGCCGGCCCCGCUCACCAGGAGAGACUCCUGCUGAGCGUGUCUGACGUGGUGAGGAAGGUCACCAAGGCGGACCUCCCCGAGGACCUGCACAUGCUGGAGAUGUUCCCCUCCUUCGCCGAGGACGAGGACUGCGAGGUGGUGCCGCCCAUCCACUACCUGCUCUGAUGAGGUCAUCGAGAGCGGACCGUGGAGACGAGGGGCGCGGACAGAGGAGCGGCGCACCCAGCUGUCCAACGCGGCACGUCAUCACUCCCUCUGAAAUGAACCUGUCAGGAUCCAAUUCUACUUCCUGAACUGUGAAUCAAUGUUGGUGCUUUAAAUGAUAUGUUUCAACCUUUUUAGUAGGGAAAAAGAUUAAUCUGUUUUCAUUUACGUAUAUAUAUAUAUAUAUAUAUAUGAUGGGUUUGGUUUUUAAAUACUAAGAUGUCAAAACUGG